UUUUAAACUUGUCCAAAGAAACGGGCGAUAAUUUUCAUCUGAAAACAUAUGCUCUUAAGUAAUUUUCGAUUCAUAAAUAAUGAAACACGCUCCAAUCUUUUUCAGAAACGAUACUUUCGGCAACGAGCUCAUUCGAACCCAUUUUCGGAUCAUUACCUUGAAUACCCAUUAAAUCCCGCUCAUAUGGAUUGGUCCGCACAUUAUCCAGAAUUCUUUACUUCAAAGAGCGACAAUAUUCAAGUUCCUAAUAUAAUAAGCCAGCCAUCAAUUCAAAAAAAAGUUGAAUUUGCUGACCUUGGUUGUGGAUAUGGUGGCUUGUUAGUCGCGCUAUCAACUUUAUUUCCCGAUGUUUUAAUGUUAGGUAUGGAAAUUCGAGUGAAAGUUGAAGAAUACGUUCGCGAACGAAUUAAUGCAUUAAGAUUACAAAAUCCCAAUCAAUAUCAGAACAUAUCCAUCAUAAGAAUGAAUGCUAUGAAAUUCUUACCAAAUUUCUUUGAGAAAGGUCAGUUGUCAAAAAUGUUCUUUUUAUUUCCCGAUCCACAUUUUAAAAAUAGAAAGCAUAAGGCUAGGAUUAUCACGACUCAAUUAUUAUCAGAAUAUGCUUACGUUUUACGUGUUGGUGGUAUAAUUUAUACGAUAACAGAUGUCAAAGACUUGCAUGAAUGGAUGGUUAAGCAUUUAGAUGACCAUCCACUCUUUGAGCGCAUUCCAGACGACGAAUUGGAAAGGGAUCCUGUUGUUCCACAUGUUCGAACUGCGACAGAAGAAGGUAAAAAAGUAGAACGAAAUAAUGGAGACAAGUUUUUAGCAUGUUAUAGAAGAAUUGCGGAUGAAGAUUCAAGCGAAGAUUAAGGUCAGCAAGCAUAUAAGAAGUAUCAUCAUAAUAAAUGGUUUUUAUUGAAUAAAACACUUGAUAGAUGCGCAAUUGCGCGGGUAAGAAAGCUAGUAACAACAUAUUAUAGUUUGUUAAGCUCGAUAAAUGAAGCUUAAAACAAUAAAUUAUUUAUAUACUUAAGAUAUACUUAAGAUAUACUUAAGCUAAAGAUCAAUAAACUUUGCAUUAAUCAAUUUCUGUACACGGUUCGAGAUUUCCACAAGCUACAUAUAAAUGAAAUUACUUCAACAAUUUUUCAUAAAUUCCCAAAGCUUUUUAUCCAUUUCUUUAUAAGGACAGAUAA